AUGCUGGUUGGUGGUUCAGGCCUGCUCCUCUGUGACUCUAACGACAACUCGAUAUUAGAGACUAGCAAAGCUCUGCGAAACCAAGCCCUAGCUCACCCGGAAGCUGCGGAAUUGGCUGCCCUAAUUCACGGGAUGACAUGGGCGUUGGGACUCGGUGUGCAACGUAUCCAAUUCUUCUGUGACGAUUCCAUCAUCUUGGAUUACGUAACACGUAAAGCUGCACCGGACGAGUCCCUUGUAGCAACACUUGUGGAGAAAGUGGCUCUUCUCCAGACAAGAUUCACUUCUUGCGAGGCACUCGCUGUUGUGGGCAGAGACAUGAGUUCUGUCACUAAGCUUGCAAGAGACGCUAUAGCUUCCCAAACGAGAUGGCGUGAAGGUGACGGCACCAACACUGAGGACUGUUUCUCAUCCCAGCUAGCACGAGGGGACACUGUCCUCUGCCCUUACCCCGAUUGCAAGGAAGAACUUGUGCUAGAGGAUUGUAGAGGUAUUGUUGACGAUGAUGCUAUCAAUCUUAUGAUCCACCGCAAGAAGGAGAAGUCCAUCCCGGUUUUGGACAGGGUUUACUGUCCCAAGCCUUCUUGUAACUUUUUGAUGUCGGAACGUGACCUCCUCGCACUCAUGGAUCCUCGGGACAAGUCAGUAGCACGCAAGUGCGUGGAGUGCGGCUUGUGUUUCUGCAAGAACUGUCAUGUUCCGUGGCACGACAAGAAGACGUGCGAUGAGUUCAAGAAGUCGGACGCUUACCUGAAAUCUGACGCGGCGCUUUUCGAGUCUUUAGUGAUGACAGAGGGAUGGAUGAAGUGUCCCAAGUGUGCGACCGUCGUUCAACAAAACGGAGGGUGCAAUCGCAUUACCUGCAGACAUUGCAACCACAAGUUCUGUUACCUAUGUGGGGCUCCGUGUGCAAGGAAGAAAAUGUCAUGCAAAUGCCCUCCAGGGAAUUGA